UGUGAUUGGGGUGGCAGCGUUUAAGUGACUCUGGUUACUUUUAUUUAAUUUCUUACAAUCGCAACGUCGUUAUCAGGCUUAGUUAAGCUUCGUAAAUUGGAGGAAUGCCAACCGGUGGAGCGAUCAUCGUUAUCACUUUGAGCGUGGUACUGUUGCGCUUCUGUGAAUGUGCAUGGCUGACUGAAUGGCACGGACAACCUUUGUAUAGAAACGAUCAACCCAUUGAAUACGCGUUCGAGUGUACGGAUUCGUCCAUCCCACCCGACGUACUGUAUGAAAAAGUAACGAAAGUACCGACGGCACACUGCAGUGAGGCGAUUUUCACUUCUGGCGAUCCAAUGAAUGCCACGUACCGCGUUCAUUAUACGUGUCGCCAAAACGUGACAGCAGCGCCAGACCCGAUGGCGGUGGGAUGCUACGGUUCGGAAGAUACUUAUUGCAGCGGCUGCACGUCGACGUACAGCGCAAUUAUGUGCCAGUACCGUCUCUUCUCGCUGAGCCGCUUCUGGUCUACUUGUGUCCCCAUUUUGGACGAAUUGACAAAGUUGCAGCCUAUCAACAGGGCAGAUGAUAAAGAAUCCUGGUGGUUGGCUAAUGGUACCGUUUACACUGGUCCGAUGAGACGCUACGAUUACUAUCGUGAUCCAAAGAAGGAAGGUGGUGCUCAAUACUGUGACGACGGGAAACCGGGUAUGGUCAUCAGUCCCUGCUGCGGCAACCCGCUUAUGGUGGUAAUCACAGAUACUGGGAAAUGCCUCCAGAAGGUCAUCUGCGGAACCAGUCCAGAAAGGAUUGUGCCAUUCAAAUUAAACUGGGAUAUCACUUGGGAUUAUUGGACGGGGUCGCAUAUUGAUGCGUGGAACAGACUGAUACCAAAGGAACAACAUUUUCUAAACAUAGCGAUGAACCAGCUGGAUAAAUGCAUGAAUGCAACGGGACGUGUCUCCCUUGAUCAGUGCGAUGGCUGUAUGGCACAGCCGUUUGUGAAGAGACUGUUCGACGUUGGACACACCGUGGUGACCGAGAUACCGCUAAAAUUAAACUAGCCUAUCCUGGAUAUCCCAUUAUCUUAAUGAAGGUUCCCCAUGCGGAGAGCAGGCGAACUGUAACUUUUUUAAUGUCAUUGUGUUAUAGUUAA